CAGAUAUGGGUGCAAACAUUUAUAGAGCAUUUGUGUUGUUAAGCGUUCUAAGUUUUGUUUCAUGUGACCUAAAUCUUCAAGAAGAUGAACCUUGCGUAACUGAUGGUCUAAAUGGAACGUGCGUUGGAAUAUUUCGGUGUCCCUCUGCAUCGUUGAGUUACCUUUAUGCUGAUGCUGGUUUCUCCAAAGAAAAGUUUAAUUAUCCAGGAUUGCCUGACAUUUGUUCGUAUAAAAACAAUGAACCUGUAGUCUGCUGCACUGAAUGCGAUAUUUCUGACGCAGAACGAUACCGUGAUACUGCCAUAGGCCCAUUCGCUACUCUUACUAACGCUAAAGGCCCAGUUGCUAGGACAAAAUGUCUAGAUUAUUUCCAUCGUCUGCCGUACCCAUGCCGGGGUCAAGGAAAUUUCGAGGUGAAAAAAAUCUGGAAAGAAGAUAAAAAAUGUCACGAUUACAUGAUAAAGGUAGCUUUAGUUGUUGGGGGAAGAAGUGCACAGAGAUGGGAAUUUCCUCAUAUGGCUUUACUUGGUUAUGGAGGUGAUGAGAAAUCGGCGCAAUGGCUUUGCGGAGGAACUGUGAUCAGUGAGAGAUUCAUACUCACUGCUGCACACUGCAUCUCCACCAGAGCUUUGGGAAACGUCUCAUAUGCUGCACUUGGAAUACUAAAACGCACUGAUCCGAAGGAAUUGUGGAACAUACAUAAAAUUAAAAGAAUAAUUCCCCAUCCUGAAUACAAUCCUCCUUCCAAAUACCAUGAUAUCGCCCUUCUGGAGACAGAAGCUGAGAUAAACUUUGCUAAAAAUCUCCUACCAGCGUGUUUGGAUACAGGAAAAGACAACCCACGGAUGGCUGAAGCUUCCGGUUGGGGCCGUUUGGGUCAUAUGAUGGGUUUAGCUGAUACAUUGCAAGUAGUAAAUCUCCAGGAGUUUGAAGAAACAGAAUGUGCAACACUCUUCCCACCGCACAGACAUCUGAAGCAUGGAUACGAUCAUGAAAAACAAAUGUGUUACGGAAACCACCGAGAGAUAAUUGAUACUUGUGAGGGUGACAGCGGUGGUCCCCUCCAAACGAACCAGUUCAAAUGUCAGUACACAGUGGUCGGCGUGACGUCAUUCGGCAAGGACUGCGGCGUCCUCGGCUCGCCUGGCAUGUACACCAGGGUCUCACACUAUUUACCCUGGAUCGAGGGCAUCGUCUGGCCGGAAGAAACAAAAGAACGCAGGAAACAGGAUGAUCUUUGGCUUGACAGAUGGUUAAAGUUCCGAUUUGCUAAUAAAUAUUCACCUUACGUUGUUAUUAAGUCAGUUUCAACUAAGCGGAGUUCGUCGCUGGCCGCCGAACGCGGGAAAAAGAUGGCGGCUGCAAAAGUAUUUUUAUUUUUUUUAUUUAAUUUUUUAUUCUGUGUCAACUGUCAACUUGGACUUGAUGAAGGAGCUCCAUGCAUCACCACAGGAUUAAGGGGAGUGUGUGUGAACGUCUUUAAAUGUAAUUCGGCAGCAUUAACUUAUUUAUAUGGUAACGCUGGUUUCAAUUUGGAGCAGUACAAAAUCCCACCACUUCCUGAAAUAUGUUCCUACAAGGACAAUGAGCCUGUAGUCUGCUGCACCGACUGUGAUGUUGGGCAGGAGAAGUACCGCAACUUUACCAUUGGUGCGAAUGGAUUUAUGGUCCCCAAAAAGGAUUCCGUGGCCUGGGAAAAAUGCUACGAGUAUUUCCAUAAGCUUCCGUUUGGCUGUCGUUUUCCUGGGUACUUUACAAUCGACAAGACUUGGCUGCAUCAUCUCAAGUGUCACAACCAUACGUUUACUCCUGGUGGUGUUGGAUUCGCUGUAGGAGGACGAGAUGCCAAAAGAUGGGAGUUCCCACACGUGGCCUUGCUCGGUUAUGGAGAGGACGUGGACUCUGCCCAGUGGCUGUGUGGAGGAUCUGUCAUCAGCGAGAGAUUUAUACUCACUGCUGCACACUGCUCAUCUACUCGCUUGCUAGGCAGCAUUCAGUACGCCGCACUUGGGCUUUUGAGACGGACGGACCCCAAGGAAAACUGGAAGAUAUACAAAAUAAAGAGAAUCAUCAAUCAUCCUGAGUACAAACCACCUUCCAAGUACCAUGACAUAGCACUCUUGGAGACGGAAAACGAGAUAGCUUUUGGACAGGACUUGUUGCCAGCAUGUCUGUAUACAGGAGGUGAUCCUAUAAGAUUUGCUGAUGCCUCAGGCUGGGGGCGUUUAGGACACAGACAGGCAUUGGCAGAUACCCUACAAGUGGUUAAUCUGGAGGAAUUCCAGAGAUCUGAAUGUUCGACAAUAUACAAACCACACAGACAUUUAACUAACGGUUACGAUCACUCAAAACAAAUGUGUUACGGAUCCCGUAUCGAAGUCAUAGAUACUUGUGAAGGUGAUAGCGGAGGACCUCUUCAAUAUGGUAGUGAGGGAUGCUACCAGACAGUAAUUGGUGUGACAUCAUACGGUAAGGACUGCGGCAUCCUCGGCUCAGCUGGCAUGUACACCAGGGUCUCAUACUAUGUGCCCUGGAUCGAGGGUAUCGUAUGGCCUGAGGAAGUAGAGAAACGUAAGCAGAAACAAAACCAAUGGUGGGACAAAUGGAUCCAAUGGAAUUGAACGCGUUGUCCAAUGUUAUUAGCUAUUUUAUAACAAGUUAUUUAGUAACGAUGAGCCCAGUAUUUUAAUAUAGUUGAUAAGCUAGAAUUACAUCUCUAAGAUUACUAAUUGGUAUGAAUAAAAUCAUAUGAAUGAUUUCUA